UAGCGUCGCGACGACAUAUAGAGGCACGGGGGAACCGAUAACGCGCGUCGCGUGGCACGUGCGGAUGUGUGUGAAUGCGCGCGCGCGCGCGCGUACACAGCUCGCGGAAGGUAUGCACGCGGGAGCGAGGACGAGCGAGGUCAGCGUGAUAGCGGGCGGCGCGGCGCGUCGGUGGACGAGCACCUGCGACUCCCGCGAAUGAUGCGAUCGCCCGCACCAUUCCCACGUCGUACGACGGAACGUGAGCGGCAUAGCUCCUCCGCGGUGGUACGCGCCCGUUCGUGCCGAGCUGGAAGACCCUCGUGAGCGAGCGUCGGCGCGUCUCUCGACGGAUUGGCCUCGCGCGUGGAUCCAGGCGAUGUACGUUCUCGCGCGAGUACUCGCGUGACCGACGGUACGCAUCGGACUAAGGGGCACCUGGGGGAAGUGACUCCGACCAGAGUGGUGUGUUUGGUGAUGCCGGUGGUGUCUGGCGCGUGUCUGGCUGGGCGUUUUAGCGUCGGCAGUGAGCGCCAUUUCUGGGACAAAUCUUGUAGCUUCAAGAAAAUUGCCAAUGCCGUUAUACUUGUUACAUUAUGAAUUCCUAGCACACUCGACGUAAAAUGGCAUUAGAUUCGUUGUUAUAAAUUGUAUACAGUGCAAAACGGAAUCAUUCAUCAUGAAACGAAGUGUAGACGGAAGGAAUCUUUCCCAGGAAGAAAUCGAAGAUCACGAUCCUUUGCAGUCUCAGCAGCAACAGCAAGAUGAGGCGGAGCAGCAGCAGUUGGAGCAACAGCAGACUGCCCAGCCGCAAAUUCGUUUUCUAAGCGCCAAUGUGUUGCAGCAAUUGCAGCAGCAGCAAGAUGUUCAGCAGGCUCAGCAGCAGCAGCAGCAGCAGCAGCAGCCACAAGUUAUUACACUGCAAAACUUUGUGCCUUUACAAGCCCAACAGCCGCAACACGAUCAACAGAGAGCGCAAACGAUCUCUGUCCAAUCGCUACCUCAUCAAUUCUUGCAAGGUGCUCAGAUUAUCAGCAGUGCUCAGGCACAGGCGGCUCUUCAACAACAACAGCAGCAGCAGCAGCAGCAACAACAGAGCCAGCAGUCGCAGCAGCAGCAGCAGCAAGCUCAGCAGCAGCAAACGCAGCAGCAGCAGCAGCUCAGCUACAGUGUGAUCCCGCAAAUGCAGACCGUUAAUAUAGACGGUCAGGAAGCUCUGUUCAUUCCAUCCUCCGCGAUGUCGGCGGCGGCAGGUGGUCAUCACCAGGCACAGCCAACAAUGCAAUUUGCCACUACGAAUGGUCAACAAAUGCAACUCGCCGGCCAACAGGUUCAACUCGCGAACGGCCAGACUAUUAUCACGCCGCAACCAGUUAGUCUCAUAAGGGCACCGAAUGUCUUUCCCACUUCGAUUAUACAAAAUAUUACUGGACAGACGGUUCAAUUACCGACAGGACAAAGUGUACAGGUAAGACCGCUUCAAUUUCCUAUGCAACAUGUGCAGCAAGCGGUACCUGUGCAAUUACCGGUCACUGCCAACAACGGGCAAACCGUUUAUCAGACUGUACAUCUACCAGUACAAUCCUUGUCCAGCGUCUUCAACAUGCCGACGACGCAGAUGAUACCGCAAAUUAUGCAACAAAUACCUCAAGUGGCGCAGAUAAUCACGCCAAGCGGUCAGAUUCAACAAGUGCAAAUUGCUAGUCUACCGCAGUUGCAGAAUCUUCAGAGUCAGCAAGUAACGCAAGUUGCGCAUCAACAAGCGCAACAACAAGUCGUUCAACAACAAACGCAACAGCAAGUGGUACAAUCGGUGCAGCAGCAGCAACAGCAAGUCGCCCAAGCCCAAGUGCAACAACAGCAGCAAGUGCAACAAGUGGUACAGCAGGUGAUACAACAGCAACCACCGUCGUCGCAGCAGCAGCAGCAGUCGCAACAGCAGCAGCAGCAGAUGCAACAAUCCUCCGCUCCAUCGUCGACGGUAGCGACUUGGAGCACAACAGUUGCCUCUCCUAGCAAUGUUCAAGUACUCGGUAUAGGUGCAUUAGGAAGAAACUUAACGGGAAACACUAACGUCAUUACCACAAAGGACGGCCAGAAAAUCGACGUGCAAACGUUGUCUACUUUAACAAGGCCACCGGACGCGGUAGAGGGUGACAUCAAAGUCACAAAUAUCGAUGCCAGUCAAUUAACCAGUGGACAAGUAAUACAUAUCCCCGCUACACAAUCGACUCAACCUACGGUGCAACCCAUUACGAUUACAGGGACACAAGGGCAACAGUUAACGCUUAUACCGGCGUCCGCGUUAGCGAAUUUAACCGCGCAGCAAGGCAAUAUGAUGAGAAACGUGAGCAACGGCAGUAUAAUGCAAAUACAGCCGGCCGCUGGGAUGAACACGACCAACGGUUUCUUGCAAUCGAUACCCGUGCAAAAUAUCCCGGGCUUGGGCAACGUACAAGUGAUACCGGCGAGCGCGUUACAGCCGGCCACGGUUCAAACGUUGCCCGCCACCGCGGCCACGCCUAUCGUCGCGACCACGCCGACCGUACAGCUCGAUUCGAAUGACCCUACCAAGUGGCAGAUACUCCAAACCCUUCAGACGCACGGGACUCUGACAACGUCCGCCACGCCCGUGUCGCAUCAGCAGCAAGUAACGAACACGACCACCACCGCCUCCAAUAACGACACCAACGACCCUAAUAAGCAGCACCGUAGAAGAGUCGCGUGUACAUGUCCCAAUUGCGGCGAUGGCGACAGAAACAGGGAUUUAAGCAGAAAACGGCAACACGUGUGCCACAUCGCCGGGUGCAAUAAAGUGUAUGGGAAGACGAGCCAUUUGCGUGCCCAUUUACGCUGGCACACUGGCGAACGACCCUUCAUCUGCACCUGGAUAUUUUGCGGUAAAAAAUUCACCAGAUCCGACGAACUCCAGAGGCAUCGUAGGACCCACACGGGUGAGAAGCGUUUCCAGUGUCCGGAAUGUACGAAGAAGUUCAUGCGUUCGGAUCACCUGACGAAACACAUAAAGACGCACACGAAAAUACGAAGCACGGAGGCCGCCACCUCGACGCAGGAAGGUUCGUCCGACAGUCAAUCUUCCACCGAGCAAAAAAUCAUUAUAUCUCUGCACAAGGAAACGGAGCAGUCCGACAUUGUCAUAGCAGAGCCAAUCGAAUCCCUGAAAACCGAUUCGACGAAUCACGUGACGAAUGAGUAAAUAAAUUCCGAGAAGUAUAUAAAAUCGGCCAGUUAUUAUCAAUGUUACAAUAUAAAUUUUAUCACGAGACAGUAUUCAGUAUUGAAUUUUCAGUAUCGAACAUUCAGUAUUGAAUUUAGUUUUUAACAGGAAAAAAUCGAAAAAUGACGAAUCAUACGAGAUAUUCUAUAGCGCAUUUUAGAGUGUAAAAAAGGACGCAUAAUAUGAUUGUGCAUAAUAAUAGCACAUAAGUUAUAUAAAUGGUAAAUUAUAUAAAUUAUAUAAUCAUAAGUUAUAUAUUUGAAAUUAGCGCUACAUUGGUCCAGUGAAUCAAUGACCUUUUUGUUCUAUAUGAAAAUAACGUAAUGAAUUUAUAGAUAUAGCGACUGUUCGUGACAAUCUAUUUUUUUAUUACGGUUGUGUGUAUGUGCGCGCGUGUGUGUGUGUGGGGUGUGUAUGAUGUAUAUAUUGUAUCGAUAUAUAUACAUAAUGUCUAUGUAUAUAAUGUAAAUCAAUGUAUACAAUUUUCCACGAGAAAGUUUUACACUUGUAAUCUUUUGAUAUUAUAAGAAAGCCAGAUAUAUAUUUAGCUUUUCCCUUUCAAUUUAUCCAAGUUAUUUUAUAAAGACGAACCAGACAGCUUCGUAAUAUAUCGCACGUGCGAGCUAUACAUAUUAUGUUUUAUCGUAGGACUUGCCUGCAAUUUUUUUUGUUGUAAAUAGAUCACAAAAUAACGCGCUUCAGCAAAGCUGUCUGUCUUGCAAUAAAUAUAAUACGGACAUAAAGAAAACAGAAUGUAAAACGCAAAACUUAAACGAUACGGAGUACACGGUACCUAGUUAGUGGUGAAAGGUACGAAAUUUAAGGUACAUGGGAUAAAUCAUCAUAAUCAUUCAAAUCAUCAUUUGCGAUUACAAACUCGUAAAUUUAAAAACAUUUUUUAAAUGACUAUCAUUUCUCCCGUUGUCUCAGACUUCGUACUUUUUAUCGUCCAAAGUGGAUGCUUUAUACUUCACACUGUUGUAUCUUUUUCAUUUUUAUAUUUCAUCGGCAAAAAAACAGGCUAAUUGUGGGUAUAUCGAAGUCUAGAAAUGGGAAUAUAUAUAAUUAUAUAUUUUUUCGCAUUAUCGCGUUCCUACUGUUUUCCCCCCUGAUAUGAAAUGCUAAUAAAAAUGUUGGAGAAAAACAACGCGUCAUUUGUAUCUCACAUUAUAUUAGAUCUCUCUCUUUAUUGACGAAUAAAUAUAUCCCAUAUAAUACUCUACUAAUAAAUUUACAGAUUACUAUCUGCUAGAAAGCAUGUAUACAAACAUUAUUUAAAUUCUGUAU